AUGGAAGCAGUCAUAACAAUAGGCCGUCGCAAACGGAUAGUGCUGCUCUAUCUACUGUUUUUAUGGCAUAUAACCGAGGCGCAAAUUCGCUACACCAUUCCAGAGGAAUUAAAAGAGGGCUCAGUUGUUGGAAAUAUCGCCAAAGACCUUGGUGUCGGAGUCUCUGAAAUUUCACAUCGUAAACUGCGCAUAGCCUCGGAGUCUGGUAAGGAGUAUUUCAGUGUGGAUUUGGGAAAAGGCGAGUUACUUGUAAACGAAAGAAUUGACAGAGAGAUCUUGUGUGCACAGAGCGUCAGCUGCAUUAUUCCUUUGGAAGCAAUCAUAGAAAACCCUUUACAAUUGCAUCGAAUUGAAAUACAAAUACUAGAUAUAAAUGACAAUGCUCCAUUUUUUCCAAACAAAGAAAUUGUUUUAAAUGUGGCUGAAUCCACUGCGCCAGGUGCAAGAUUCCGUUUGGAAGCUGCACAAGACUCAGAUGUCGGCUCAAAUUCCUUGCGCACUUAUAUACUGAGCAAAAAUGAUCAUUUCGCGCUUGACAUAAAAGCAAUAUCAGAUGGCGUAAAAGUUCCAGAAUUAGUCCUUGAAAAAUCGUUCGAUCGAGAGAAACAGCCAAAUCAUCGUCUCCUUUUAACAGCCAUUGAUGGCGGAAAUCCUGCAAGAUCAGGCACAGCAGAAAUCGACGUAAGAGUACUUGACAACAAUGACAAUGCGCCGGUUUUCGACAAAUCAUUAUAUAAAAUAGCAGUGGAGGAAAACACGCCACCGGGAGAGGUAGUUGUUACGGUAAGGGCUGUGGACCUAGAUGCAGGGUCUAACAGUGAAAUACGCUACUCUGUUUCACCACGCACAUCAGAGAUUCUGCAAAACCUGAUCUCCGUUGAUUCGGUCACAGGCGAGGUUACAUUAUCAAAGAAAAUCGAUUAUGAAGCUGCUAGUUCCUUUAGAUUUGAUAUUGUUGCUACGGACACAGGCACACCACCGAUGGAGGGAAUAUGCACUGUCCACAUAGACAUUUUAGAUAUAAAUGACAAUAAACCAGAAAUUAUAUUAAAAUCUUUAUCCAGUCCAGUGCGCGAAGACGCUCCUGUUGAAACUGUCGUGGCAUUAAUAAGUGCCAAAGACUUAGACACCGGAGAUAACGGAAAAGUUCAUCUGACUCUGCAGUCAGAUUUACCUUUUGCGUUAAAACCGUCUAUUUCUAAUCAUUAUGCUCUGGUCACAGACAAAGCAUUGGAUCGAGAGCAACACGCUGUGUAUACGAUACAGAUAGUGGCAGUUGACUCUGGGUCGCCACGUCUAACGUCUGAAAAAGAAAUUACUGUUGAUAUUUUAGAUGUCAAUGACAACCCCCCUCGCUUCACUCAACAGUUAUAUACAGUUUAUGUGAAAGAAAACCGCGUCCCUGGAUCCAUACUCUGUUCAGUAUCCGCCACUGACCCAGACACAGGAGACAAUGCAAAAAUAUCCUAUUCUGUUUUAGGAACCAAGUUUCAAGAUGUAUCUGUGUCUUCAUAUGUUUACAUAAACUCUGAUAAUGGAAGCGUUUUCAGCAUGCAUUCAUUUGACUACGAAAAAAUGAAGACUUUUCGGUUCCAUGUGGAGGCAAAAGACCACGGCUCUCCAUCACUUAGCAGCAACGCAACUGUUGAUGUUUUUAUUCUGGAUCAGAACGACAAUGCCCCUGCUAUCAUUUACCCAUCUGCAGUCAUGGGCUCUGUCUCUCAUCAGAGGAUGUCCCGGACUGCUAAAGCAGGACACCUCGUUACUAAGGUAACGGCAGUGGACGCUGACUCGGGUCACAAUGCCUGGAUGUUCUAUAGACUUGUGGAGGCUACGGACAUGUCCCUGUUCAUAGUGAAUGUACAUACAGGGGAAGUGAGGACUAAACGCUCUGUCUCCGAACAGGAUGACACCUCUCAGAGACUGAUAAUAGAGAUAAAGGACAAUGGAGAGCCAGUCCAGUCCAGCACUGUCACUGUGGAUAUACUGUUAGAGGAGGGGCUUCACGAAUCUAUUCAAGACGUACGGCAAAAAAAUACAGGCACCACAGAAAGCACUAAAAUUACAUUCUACUUGAUCAUCUCUCUAGCAUCCGUAUCUGUCUUAUCUGUGUUGACCUUUAUCAUUUUAUUAGUUAAAUGUGCUAGAAGCAGCAAGGGAAGGACAAGUUGUUGUGUAAAACGAUCUGACUCCGAUGAUUACAAAAAUCCCAACAGAAAUCUACAGAUCCAACUCAACACUGACGGGCCUAUAAAAUAUGUGGAGGUCUUAGGAGGUGACAUGUUGUCUCAAAGUCAAUCCUUCGGAUCCUGUCUCUCUCCAUUGUCAGAAUUCAGUGACUUCACUCUCGUGAAACCCAGUAGUACUCUUGACUUCAAGGAGAUAAAUGUUCUCGAUGCGUCUUUACCAGACAGCGCCUGGACAUUCGAGAGUCAGCAGGUGAGCACCCGUUCAAAACUAAGAGAUACAAUCGGAAGAAUAGUCCGUCGCAAACGGAUUGCGCUUCUCCAUUUACUGUUUCUCUGUCAUAUAACCGAAGCGCAAAUUCGUUACACCAUUCCAGAGGAAUUAAAAGAGGGCUCAAUUGUUGGAAAUAUCGCCAAAGACCUUGGUUUUGGAGUCUCUGAAAUAUCACAUCGUAAAUUGCGAAUUGCUUCCGAGACUGGUAAGGAGUAUUUCAGAGUAGAUUUGGGAAAGGGCGAGCUACUUGUGAAUAAAAGAAUUGACAGAGAGGUUCUGUGCGCACAAAGCGUCAGCUGCAUUAUUCCAAUAGAGGCAAUUAUAGAAAAUCCUUUGCAGCUGUAUCGUGUCGAAAUUCAAGUACUGGACAUAAAUGACAAUGCUCCAAAUUUCCAGAACCAUAAAAAUAUUUUGAAUGUAGCUGAAUCCACCGCGCAUGGCGCAAGGUUUCGUCUGGAAUCUGCACAGGACUCUGAUGUCGGCUCAAAUUCCUUGCGCACGUAUACACUAAGCAAAAAUGAACAUUUUAUUCUUGAUAUAAAAACUGGAAAGGACGGAAGUAGAGUUCCAGAACUUGUAUUAGAAAAGUCUUUAGAUAGAGAAAAACAGUCACAACACCAUCUCGUUCUGACUGCAAUCGAUGGCGGAAAUCCUGCAAGAUCAGGGACAGCAGAGAUCGAUGUCAACGUGCUUGACAUAAAUGACAAUGCACCGGUUUGUGAAAAGGCGUCCUAUGACAUACAACUAGAAGAAAACACAACGAGAGGACUGGUGGUUGUUACUAUUAGGGCUGUAGACCCAGAUGAAGGCGCUAACAGCGAAGUACGGUAUUCCUUUGGACCUCAUACACCGGACGUACUACAAAAUCUAUUUUCUAUUGAUGCAAUCACAGGCGAAAUAAAAGUAACUGAUGAAAUAGAUUAUGAAGCAGGUACCUCAUUUGAGUUUGAUAUUGUUGCCACUGAUACAGGGACACCUCCAAUGCAAGGAAUAUGUAGUGUCCAUAUAGACAUUUUAGAUAUAAACGACAAUAAACCAGAAAUCAUUUUAAUUUCUGUACCAAGCCCGGUGCGCGAAGACGCUCCUGUUGGAACUGUCGUGGCUUUAAUAAGUGCCAAAGAUUUAGACACCGGAGACCAUGGGAAAGUUGAGCUGAGUUUACAGUCAAACGUACCAUUUGCAUUAAAACCGUCUAUUUCCAAUCAUUAUGCUCUGGUCACAGAUAAAACACUUGAUCGAGAGCAGCACUCUGUGUAUACGAUACAGAUAGUGGCAGUUGAUUCUGGGUCGCCACGUCUAACGUCUGAAAAGCAGAUUACUGUAGAUAUUGUAGAUGUCAAUGACAACCCCCCUCGAUUCACUCAACAGUUAUAUACAGUUUAUGUGAAAGAAAACCGCGUCCCUGGAUCAAUACUAUGUUCAGUAUCCGCCUCUGAUCCAGACACAGGAGACAAUGCAAAAAUAUCCUAUUCUGUUUUAGAAUCCAAAUUUCAAGACGUAUCUGUAUCUUCAUAUAUUUACAUAAAUUCAGACAAUGGAAGCGUUUUCGGCAUGCAUUCAUUUGACUAUGAAAAAACGAAGAUUUUCCGGUUUCAAGUGCAGGCGAAAGACCAUGGUUCUCCAUCACUUAGCAGCAACGCAACUGUUCAUGUUUUUAUUCUGGAUCAGAACGACAAUGCCCCUGCUGUCAUUUAUCCCUCUGCAGUCAUGGGCUCUGUUUCUCAUCAGAGGAUGUCCCGGUCUGCUAAAGCGGGACACCUCGUUACUAAGGUAACGGCAGUGGACGCUGACUCGGGUCACAAUGCCUGGAUGUUCUAUAGGCUUGUGGAGGCUACGGACUUGUCUCUGUUCAGUAUAAAUUUGCACACCGGAGAGGUGAGGACUAAACGAGCUGUUUAUGAGCAAGAUGACUCUUCUCAGAGACUAGUAGUAGAGAUAAAGGAUAAUGGAGAGACAGCUCAGUCAAGUACAGUCACUGUGGACAUAUUGUUAGAAGACGGGAUUCACGAGCCCAUUGCAGACAUUCAGCAAAGAACUAAGGCCAUAACAAAAGGAAGUAACGUAACAUUCUAUCUGAUCAUCUCUCUGGCAUCCGUGUCCGUGUUAUCUGUGUUGACUUUUAUCAUUUUACUAGCUAAAUGUGCUAGAAAUAGCAGGGGAAGGACAAGUUGUUGUAUAAGACGAUCUGACCGCGAUGAUUACAAAAAUCCCAACAGAAAUCUACAGAUCCAACUCAACACUGACGGACCUAUAAAAUACGUGGAGGUCUUAGGAGGUGACAUGUUGUCUCAAAGUCAGUCCUUCGGGUCCUGUCUCUCUCCAUUGUCAGAAUUCAGUGACUUCACUCUCGUUAAACCCAGCAGCACCAUUGACUUUAAGGAGAUAAAUGUCCUUGAUGCGUCUUUGCCAGACAGCGCAUGGACGUUCGAGAGUCAGCAGGUGAGCACCUGGUAUAAAGUGAGAAACGAUCAAAAAUGA